AUGUUCUAUAGUAUCAAGACAGGGGCCUUUCUCCGAGCCCUUUCGAUCUAUUUCACUCUUGCAAGAAUACUCCGCGCUGUCAUGCCUAAGCGGUUGAUCCAAAAGCGCCUGGAGCAUUAUAAACCCAGCCAGGAGCGUGUGAGUCGACGACAGGCUACCACCACCUCCCGGCCAGACUUUAUGUCGUACAUCUUAGCCUACAACGAAGAGCGUGGAAUGCAACCCUCUGAGAUCGAGACAAAUGCCGCGCCGAUAAUCCAGGCUGGCAGUGAGACCACUACCACAGCGAUAGCGGCGUGCCAGUUCUAUCUUCAGACGAACCCUGACUGUUAUAAACAACCUGCCAAGGAGAGUCGCACUUCUUUUAAUUCUGAACAUGAGAUCACCUUCAUUUCUGUUGCCAAGCUGCCGUAUUUAAAUGCAGUAAUUGAAGAAGGCCUGCGAAUGUAUCCCCCUGCGCCGGCCAUUGGACCUCGAGUAGUCCCUGCAGGGGGCGCCGUGGUCUGCGGCCAACACUUACCCGAGAAGCUCUGCAAACAUUUUUCAUGGGUCCACGCGGGUGUAUAG